GUUCCCUGUAAGUAUUAUAUUUUUGUAUCAUUUUAUAAUAAAGUUAUAGGCGUUGAAAAAAAAAGGCGAAAUGAGGGUCACAAAAUGUGGAGGAAAAUCCCAUAUUGAAAAAGUGGUUUUGAGGUCCCUACUAAAAAAUUUGUAAGUUUUGAACCACUUGAGCUAGAAAGUUGAUCUUGGUGUUUUUGUAAUCUGUUCACCAGGCUCUAUGCAGCUGUAGUAUUUUUAUAUUUUUACCCUCAUAGUUUCUACCCCUUAAUCCCAUAGUCCCUACACCUUAAUCCCAUAUCCCCUACCCCUAACAGGGUUCGCACGGUCUUUGAAGGUUUGGGAUAAAUAAAAAAAAAUUUCCAGGGCCUGGAAAGUUUAAGAAAAUUGGCAAAAACGUCACGGUCUUUGAAAGUUUUGGAAAAAUUAUUUUUUAAAAUUCGAAGAGAAAAAAAAAAUGGAAAGGAAAAAAAUGUUUCCAAUUUUACUAACAUGCGCAGUGCGCAUUUCUGAAUGAUCCGUUUAAGCCAUCAAAUUACUCUUAACUAGUAAGCUAUCAGCCGGGGAAAAGUCGAGAAUUUAUUGAAUAAUUUUCCCGAUCGGGAAAAUGGGCCUUCUAGAAAGGAAAUGUUGCGUAUAGUCUGGAAUUUUUUUGAUUUGUAAAAAGUAAUAAUACAUUUGGCUUUGGAUGCCAUGAAAAUUGACGUUAAUCGUCGAUUUCGUCUAUUUAUAGCCUUUCUAUUAUCUUAAGAACUUUGCGAAAUGCGAGUGGUUUCCCCUUAAUUUAACCGCGAAUGUGUUUAGAUUUCUACAAGUUUCUAAUACCAUACAACUUCGAUAGACUAGAAAUAAUUAAUUUCUGUUCACAUCGCCGAUCAAGAGAUGUUUGACUGUUUGGGUAAGUAAAGUGUAAAAUAUAGUAAAUAAUGGUUAAAUCCGAGGACGGCUGCCAUGGCGUCUUUUGUGUGUUUAUUAUAGUUGCAGUGAAUUGGGGUUUAGGUUAGGCUAGGUUGAGGGAUCGAUUUAGGGUUCAGGUUAGGCAUAGGGAUCGAUUUAGGGAUACAUUCGUGAAAUUUGAUAAAAUAGUGGCAGUUGUCUCCAUUUUUUACAUAAAUAAUUAUUUGAACCUAGUUUUCAAUUGUGAGGUAACCAUUAAAAAUAAGUAACUAUUAAAAAUAGAAAACUACUCGUCCAAGCGCUGACUAAAAUGACUAAGCUUAGCUUACUUUGUUAUGUUGUAGUCUUCAUAAGUUGAUUUUAAACUGUUUUGGGAGAAGUUUGUAAACUCUGGACCUUGAAUUCUGUAUGAACCCUGCUUUCUUUGAUUUCGUUCACCGGAUAUUUUUUACCCCUUAACCUUAUAUCCCCUACCCCUUAACCCCAUAUCCCCUACCCCAUAUCUCCUACCCCUUAACCCCAUAUCUCCUACCCCUGAACCCCCAUAUCUCCUACCCCAUAUCUCCUACCCCUUAACCCCGUAUCUCCUACCCCAUAUCCCCUACCCCUUAACCUAAUAUCCCCAACCCUUAACCUCAUAUUACCCCAUCUCUCCUACCCCUUAACCCCAUAUCUCCUUCCCCUGUACCCCCAUAUCUCCUACCCCAUAUCUCCUACCCCUUAACCCCGUAUCUCCUACCCCAUAUCCCCUACCCCUUAACCUAAUAUCCCCAACCCUUAACCUCAUAUCCCCAACCCUUAACCCCAUACCCCUACUCCUUAACCUCAUAUCCCCUACCCCUUAACCCCAUAUCCCCUACCCCUUAACCUCAUAUCCCCUACACCAUAACGUCGGACCCCAUACUCAAUAGAUCCAUAACCCCGAGACCCAUACCCCGAUUUUUGUUAUUUCAGCUUUUUAUUUGGUUUACCAACUUAAUUGAAAUUUUAAUAAGCAUUAUAAUUUAUUUUAAAAAUUAAAAAAUUCUUACUGAUGUCAGCCUAAAAAUAUAUGUAAGACAGGCCAACGUACACAUUCAAUAAUUGAAGAAAACCUUACCAGCUUUAGUGUGAGAAAGUGGAAACAUGUUAAAUUAAUUAUGAAGUAGGUAUUCGGACCCGGGUCCGAGAAGUUAGAGGGUUGGAUUAAAAUUUUUUAAAAAUAUAUUAUUGUUCGGUUGUAUGUAAGACAAAAUUUGGUAUCAAAUGAAAGAUAAUUGAAUGGACUAUAUGUUUGUAAACUUAAUUCUUUAGUUUAACAAAAAUAAACUACCAAAAAUGACAGAAUAGCAUUGAAUCUAAAGGGACCAUGGUCCGAAUAGCAGCGAGGCGUUUCAGGUUCUUUCCUUUAAUACCAAAUUUUGUCUUACAAACCCUAUAAUAAUUUUAAAAUAUUUUUUAAUAAACCCAAACUCUAACUUCUUGGACCCGGGUCCGAAUGGUGGCAGCCAAUUAAGUAAGGCUUGGGGGUAUAAAAUUAAUAGACACAAUUACUAAUACUAUGGCUAUUUAUUGUUAGUGGUUAUAAUUAUAUUUGAAUGCUUUUAAUAGGAAUAAAAAGAACGCUUGCUGACAUUGAAGUUGUUUGCUAACUGCUAAGAUUGGUAAACGAAUGGUUUGUAAUUAUUGUUUGUUUCUCAUAAAAGCUACAACUAAUACUAUUACUAUCUUAAUGAUCCGGGAAUAACUACCACAAUAUUUUAUAUUUAUUUCUUAAAUUUAAUCUAAUUUAAGCUUUGGCUCAUUAAAUAAACAAUAUGUAACAAAGAACUAAAAAAAAGGUUAUGCAAAGAAAAACUACACCAAACCUAGUGAUACUAACAAUUUUCAAUUUAAUUAUGGUAUUAAAUUUAUAUAAAAAAUACAGAAGAAAAUAGACAAAUAAAAACUCUACCAACUUACAGCAAGUAACUUAAACAACCUUUAAAAGCAUAGUUUUUCGCCUAAAUCCCUUAUAUAAAUAUAAUUUUAUAUUGAGCUAUAGGGGGUGGGGCUAAAAAUUUGACAAAACAUGUAAAAGAAACCAAAUUAGUGCUCCCCCCACUCGAGGCUUGCAACCGCACAUUUUUUUUCCAUGCCUCUGAACCAUAAUAUUAUUAUCAUGACCCAUCUGCUUUUACAACACAGAUUUAUAUUACACCAACUAUUUCAGAAAAACAAAGAACAUAUUACGCACCAAACACACUAUAUAUUUUUUUAAAGAAUCUCAUUUAGCACAGUUAUCUGGAAUUUUAUUUCGUGGAAUCAUUAUCAUCAUUUCCUUUAUCUUCCCCUUAAAAGAGUAAAAAAAUAAUUUGUGGGGGUCAGUAGGUGGGGAUACAAAUUUGAAAGAAUAUGUUGUCACCGGCAUCGGUUUAUGUGCCAGGUUUCAGCUUGAUAGAAUGACGGGAAGUGGGUCGAUUCGCCAUCCAAAGAAUUACCAGCCAUGAAUAAAAGCGAAAUUCUUUAAAGGAUUUUAAAAAGACAAUUCUCGAAAUGCAAAUAUUAAAAUUUCAAACGAGUACAAUCUUGUAAUUAUACUGUCUUGUCUCAUUAAAGUUUAGGAAAAUCAGCAACAAUCUCUUCCGGCAAGAAAAGCUGCCGACUUAUAUACAUAGGGAGUAAGCAGAAUCCUCCAUAAAAGAAAUUCUAGAAAUUAAUAUUAUUAUUAUUAAGGUACUUUUAUAUAGCGCAGUACCCCAGCCUAGGGUUAAACUCACUGCGCUUCACAUUAAAAUGAGCAAUUACAGAAAAUUGUACAUUUAAAAACAACAAUUCGUAAAAAGGCUUGACCUCACUCACCCAAGUACUAUCUACCCCUUUCUUGCCAUGGACAGCACCAGCAGCAACCAGUCGUUUAUCAGUUUGAGGGGAGUGAGAAUGAGUCAGUAUAAUAAUACACUUUGAAGAGUUAGGUCUUGAGGGCAGUUGUGUAGGCUGGGAUGGUUGGUAUAUUGCGUCAGCUUGACAGCAUUCUUUCUAACUAAUCUAACAAAUAAAAAUAUUGGAGCGCAAACAAUUUUUUUCCAUUCAGGAGUGGGUGGGGGUGGGUAAAAAUUAGUAGCGUAACACAUUUCAAAAAACAGAGAGGGGGUGAUGGAACGCUUUAUCUCUACGUUAAACAAAAAUAGUUCAAGUCAUAGGAUAUACUAUAACAUUAGCAUAACAAUAAAAAUAUGUUCAUUUAUAACGGACCAAUAAGAUUUAAGCUUCCAUUUGGCCAACAUACAAUGAAUUGUUGUGUUAGAUAUAUAUUGUUUUCUGUCGCUUACGAAAGUUACUGCUCACUUCAAUUGGCGUUGAAUCAUGGUCAAAACGAUGUUUUGUUUUUUUUAGGGUCACUUCAUUUCUGACGCAUCAACCUUGAACUUUUAAUAAAGCACGCAUUUGGAUUGGUAACAUUUGGGACAAAUUUACGUGUGAUUGUUUAUACUUUUAUGAAAUUGGGUUAGACCGCAAGGGUAAUAAGGAGAGAGAGUGCAAUCAGGUUAAUAUACAAUAUACAAUGAGUGAACAAAGUAGGGUUAAACCUGAAAAAAAGGAACGCAACCAAACAACGAACAUGUCAGCAGGAAACCUUCGCCAGUGAACAAAACAACAGAAAAAACAGUAUAAAAUUAAAAAAUAGCACUUAGCUUAGAAGUAGUAGCCGUGGGCAGCACAAUUCAUUUAUCUGCAUCCCCACACCCCCCUAGUUAUGCCACUGGUUGGCAUGUAUGCUAAAAUUCUCUCAAUGCCACCUCAGAUAGUGAUUACAGUAACACAAUAGCUAUAUAUAUAUUUAUAUAUUAUUUGUAGGCACUGCCCACUAGUUAAUGAUCAGAAACAAAAUAUCCCUAUUGCAAUUUUUGACAUGUAUGCUGACUUUGAAGAAAUUUCAUUUAAACUUUAGAUUUAAACAUAUGUUAUUAUUAGUGGCAUCAUUUUGAAUGUGUGCAAUAAAAAAUGUUUUUUAAUCACCACGGUCAAAUGGCGGGUAAAAACAAAAAAAUAUCUUUAAAAAAAUGUUCCUUAAAACUUUCAACUUACAAGUUGCUUUUUGAUUUAUUUAAAUUUAUCAAAAUAUUUUGAUGUUAAAAAGUAAUUACAAAAUAAUACAAUUUUAAUAUCUUUUGCCUUCAAUAUACAAAAAAACAUCCAAUUUGUUUUUUAAAUCAAUUUCUUUAUUUAAAUAUUCCUCGUCCAUAUCCUGCUGGAUUUUGGAACUGUAUUUUACAAAAGCACCACAUCUAUAGUAAAGAGAUUGAAUCUAAUCGAAUAAUUUUUUUUGCAGACAUUAAAGCAGUUCGUAGUCUACCUGUGAUAACCGUCAGCAAUGUUUUGAAGAUGGUCAUACGAGAGCUAGCCCCUCCUCUGAUUGGAGAAGACUCUGUAAAAGAACUACUCGGAGCAAAUGGUAGCAUUUCUUUUAUUUCUUUGUUACAUGAAUAAUUUCUUCUGCUAAUUACAUUAUACAGAUUAAUUCACUAUAUAUUGCAAUUAUACAGAUUAUUUUAUUAAAUAUUGAUAUACAUAUAUAAUGAACAAUGGACAUCAUACUAAAUUAUUCAGAUGUUAAUACAUUGCCAUAUACAUAUUAUAUCAAAUGAUUAUGCAUUGCUAGUUGCAUGAUACAGAUUAUAUGAUUACACAUAAGCAGAAUUAACUAGAGAGUAUCAGGUACUUGUGUAUAUUGAUGAUUAGUGACAAUCUAUUACUUGCUGAUACUGGGUAUAUAGAAAAAUGCAAGGGUUUACCAGGAUGGGAGGUUGUUCCAGAAAAUCUUUAAUAUACUGGGUGUUAAAAUCGAGUGGGAUCCUGUUUUAGUAGCCCAUUGCUUAAUUAAUCACUGUUAAUAUCACUUAAAAACACAAUAGUCUAUGAGUAGAACUUUUUCUUGGAGUUUUCCUAAUACUGUAUCUAAUUUGUUACUAAUUUGUAAUAAUAUAAUAAAAUGUUCCAAUAAUCUAUUGAAACAAUCUAAUCUAACCACAUGAACAUUUUUUAGGCAAGACAUCCAUCCAUCCCUGUGGCGCUACAGCCCAUGUAGGGCUUUGGCCUGCCUCACUACUUCCUUCCACUCAGACCUAACUAAUGCCUUUCUUUUCCAUGCUUGGACUUUCAGCUGCUGUAGAUCUUUUUCUACAUCAUCUAUCCACCUAAGCCUAGGUCUGCCUUUGAGCCUUUUUCCUCUGGGGUAUUGGUGAUGUACCCUCUUCGUUCCUCUGUCAUUUGGCAUUCUCUCUAGGUGUCCUGCCCAGCGUAGCCUGCCUCUUUUUAUUUCUGCCACUAUCGUAGGAUCCUGAUAUAGACUGUAUAAUUCCUGGUUGGUUCGUAUUCUCCAUCCAUAUUCAUCCUUUGUUGGCCCAUAUAUUUUCCUGAGAACUUUCCUCUCCCAUGUGUUUAAUAGGUUUUCUGCUGUUUUUGUUAGGGUCCAAGUUUCACUUGCAUAUGUUACAACUGGUCUGAUCACAGUUUUAUAAAUAGUUUUCUUUGUUUCUCUUGUAAUGUUUUUACUUUUGAGUAUUUUCUGACUACUGAAGUAUACCCUGUUUCCGGCUGAUAUUCUUUUUUUUUAUUUCUGUUAGUAAUUCGUUUCUUUCAUUUAACAAGGAUCCAUAGGUAUUUGAAUUGAUUAACUUUUUCAAAAGUUUGGUUUAUAAUUUUAUUGUUUCAUCUGUUUGUUUUCCUCUUAUCAUGGUCAUGUAUUUUGUUUUUUGGUUGUUAACUUCCAGCCCUGCUUGUAAAGAUGCGUCUUCUAAUUCAAUAAAGGAUUUUGAUGUGUCUUUUAUACUUUCCCUAGAAGUGCUAUGUCAUCAGCAUAUGCAAGAUACUGAAGUGGUUGGUUGUAGAGUGUGCCCGUUGGUUGUGGGUCUUUAGUUUCCCUCAGAAAGUAUCCUGUUAUCGUUCCUCGAGUGUCAAUGUGUAUGUUUCUAAUAACUCUCUCCAAUGUUAGGUUAAAGAGCAUACAAGACAGUGAGUCUCCCUGUCUUAGGCCUCGUCUAAUAUGAAAUUCCCUUGAAUAUUCUCCUUGAAUCUUGAUUUUGCCUUUUGAGUUGUUUAGUGUUACAUGUAUUAGCCUUGUCAGUUUGUUGGGUAUCCCAAACUCCUGCAGAGUCUCAUAUAAAUAGCUUCUUUUGAUGCUGUCAUAGGCCAUUUUAUAGUCAACAUAGAGUUGAUGCACUGGUAUAUUAAAUUCAUAGCAUUUCUCUAAUAGGCAUCUGAUGGUGAAAAUCUGAUCAGUUGUUGAUCUGUUAGGCCUGAAUCCGCAUUGGUAAUCGCCUAGUAUUUCUUCAGUGUCAGGUUGUAGUCUUUUGGCAAUAAGUUUCGUCAGUAUUUUGUAUGUAACAUGUAAUAGGGAGAUUCCUCUGUAGUUUGUGCACUGAAGUUUGGAGCCUUUCUUGUGUAUUGGGGUUAUUAAUGCUGUUUCUUAUUCUGUCGGGAUUUUCUCCUCUUGCCAAGUUUUAGUUAUAAGUUUAUGUAUCUGAUUGUGUAGUUCUUUUCCUCCAUAUUUAAUCAGUUCUGCUGUGAUAAGGUCUUGUCCAGGGGCUUUGUGAUUUUUCAUGUUAUUAAUUACCUCUUUGGUUUCUUCUAGGGUUGGGCAUUAUAUAAACAUGUCUGGUCCUCCCUGUGGGAUUUGAUAAUCUUCUUCUUGUCUAUUGUCUGUAUUCAGUAUGUCCUCAAAAUAUUCAGCUCACCUCUCCAAUACUUAACUAUUUUCCGUGAUUAAUUCUCCAUUGUGGCUCUCACACAUUUGCGGUCUGGCUUGGUAUCCAUUCUUUUCAUCUUUUAUCUUCAUGUACAUUGCUCUUAUAUAUUUCCCUCUCUUGAUAAAUCUUCUAUUUCCUUUAGUUUAUCCUUUUCCCAUUCCCUCUUUUUCUUCCUACACAUUUUUGUUGCAGUUUUUGUUAUAAUCAUAAAAUUAUAUCGCUAUUUAUUUUUCCAAAGUAAAAAUGUUCAUUUAUAAGCCCAUAAAUGUAUGCAACCGUAGCUAAAAUCUACUUAUAAAUAUAAAUGUUGAUGAAAUGAUUAAACCUUGUCAGAAGUUAAUUAUUUAUAUUUCUCUAAAUGUAUAUUUCAUGUACCGAAAAAAAUCCAACCAAAUUUUUCCCCAGCUUUAACAACAGAAUCUGAGAAAUUCACAAGAAUGAAAUCCGUGUUACAACUGGACAGCACAAAAUAUAACUGUCUAACAGCGAUACUCCUUCAUCUCCGAAGGUUAGUAAUGACAAUACUUGACAUAAGCACCAUGUGAUGAUAUGAAAUGCCUGGGUAAUUUAUUAGGUUCAACAAGAAGGUUAUUUAUUAGUAUCUUUGUAUUCCUGUGUUAUUUAUCUCUUCGAUUAAAAAAGAAAAUUUCUUGUCAAAAAGUUAAGUUUUUUGUGGGGGUAAAAUUGUGUACGGUACUUUUGAACUACAUCUAUGUUUUUUAAUGAACUAAUUAGGUCUCUCUGUGAUCACCAGGAUUGCUGAAAAUUCAAAAGUCAAUUUGAUGACUGUUGAAAAUCUGGCCGUAGUAUUCUCUCCUUCGCUGCUCCCAACAACUUCGUCUUUCCAACACCUUGAACCUUUGGAUGCGAUUAGAGCAGCAGCGGAAGAAAAUAAUGUAAAAUGUCAAGUGAUUGCUUUGUUAAUUAAAGCAGUGUGAUUUUCUUAGAGUAUUUUGUUUCAUCAGCCUACAGUUUCAAUCUGAGCACCAAAGCUCUUCUACUUCUAGCACUGGUUGUGUUGUUGAAACCAACGGGCAAGACCUAAAUCAAGCUGUGCAAGAAAACCGAUGGAGAGAAAGCCUUGAGUUUUCCAUGUGUGAUUGGGAGAUGAUAUGCCAUUGUGUCCUUGGGAGGGUAUCAGCAGAGAGACUAAGAGUCUGUGUUCAACUUAUAAAAACAGGUUUUUGCCAGUUGACUUUAAUAUGUUGAAGUUUGACAUUGUGCAUGUUUAAACAUUAUGUUGAAGGCUGACGUGUGUGUUUAACUUAUAAAAACAUAUUUUUGACUUGUUGACUUAUGUUGAAGUCACAUUUUCCUGAAUCAAAUGAAGGAUUUUGAAUUUAUAAACUUUUUCUAGGUGCCUUGGGUUUUAAUUGUUUUAUCCUGUUUAUAAUGAUUAUUUGGAUUCUUGAUCCCAAAUAUACCGUAUGAAUUUUCGGUAACUAUGGCUCUAAUUUGUGGAGAUGGAUAAAUUUACCGUUAUAUAAUUUUAAUCAGCUGUAUGCACAAUCUCUUUUUUGGAAUGUGAUUAAACAUGUUUAAAUUAAAUGGAAAUAUAAACGACAGGUAUUUAAAUUACCAGUACCAAUUUUUUGUUUGUGCAUAAUUAAAAUUUUAUAAAAGACAUUUAAGGUAACACACUUUAGGUUUAUUAAGUACCGGUAAAAUAAUUUUUUUAAUAUUUAAAAUGGCAAUUCUUGACUAUCAUAAAAAAUAGAGAUGAUAGAGGGAGACUUGAUGCCAUUCUUACUUAGGAUGACAGUACUUUGACAUAAAAACAGAUGUGGUUGUAUUAAAGAUGUCUGUAUUGUUUAAAAAUUAAAAGCUCCACUGAUCAGAAGUGUAUUUUUUUUGACUGUCGGCUGACUCAUUGAAGGUUCUGCUGAACACAUGUGUCCCUCUGAAACCAUUAUGUUACAUCCUCUUUUUAGGCUGAGAUUCAAUGUGUUAUAGCCCUGUCUUUUUACUGUUAUGGCCUGCCUCAUCUGGUGGGAAUUGACGUAAAUCUUCAAGGCAGGUCUCUGGGUCUUGACCCCACAUCCCCUUCCCACUAAAGGGACAGGCAAUCACCAAGUAAACCACAGCCGCAUCUGCCUGACCACAGAAGUGGUAGUUUGGUUUCUUCCUGUUGUCCAAUUUUUUGAGGUAGCUGCAUGUCGUGCAAUGGGCUGUCCUCAUCUCUGAGAUGAGGCCUUGGUCGCCUCUCUUUAGUGUUCACCAGGAGUCACUCUUGCUCGGUCGCUACAUUCUCCGGUAAAGCUAUUGUCCGUUUUCUCCUUCUGCUUAACCACUUCUCACUAAAGGGGUCUUUAAACCAAGCAGUAAAUCCCUGCUGAGUCAUUGGUCUAUCAGAUUGCGGGGCCACGCUUUCUUUGACAAAAAAAUCCGCCCUGUCAUGUUGCACCACCUCAACGUGUCCAGCGAUAAGCUGUAGGGUCAAUCUGUCGCCUCUGGCAUGGAUGUUACCUACUGUUUCCAGAAUGGCUGACACCAUUAAUUAAUUCUGCCUGUACUGCAAUACCAUCCAUUUACGGUUCUGGAUUACUGUUUAUGUAAAAUUUAUAAAUUAUAGAUCUUAAUACCCUGGAGUUAAUAAUUACAGUAUUUUAGUCUGUAAAUUACAGUGUACAAUUUUUAUAAUAUAAAAAAUCUUAAUUUAAAAAUAACUUUUAUUUCUAAUUAACUUUGCUUUCUUCAAUGAUGUUUGCUGUUGAUUAUUAUGCGGCCCACUAUAUAUUUUUCAUAUUAGUGUUGCCCCCUUGUACAAAAGUUUGGCCACCCCGCUCAAGUUGAUGUUUUUAAAUGGCUUCUGAAACAGAAAUUCAGGGCAAUUGUUUUGUCAGUAAGUGGCGUAACUAAUGUUUAUUUAUCAGUGUAAUGUCAUUGACAACUGGCUUAACUUAUUUUAAUUAGAAAAAAUGGCAUAAUUGGACUUGAAUGUAUAAAGAUGCUUAUAUUGAUUGGGAUAUUGUUGGGAUAUUUCAUUUGCAGUAAUUAAUGACCACACUCUUAUUAUGUCUAAUAGUAAUUGUGAUAUUUGUGUAAUAUUUCAUUGUAGAAAUUAGAGUUGUAACAAUUAGCUGAUUACCAAUUUAUCUUACGAUAUCGAUUAAUCUGCCAUCAAUUCAUUAUGUAUUUAACUUGGAAAAAGAUAUUGUAUUUAUAUUUAGGUACUGGUACUUCAUUUUAUACUGGUACUACUCCCAGAGACAGAGCAAGGGGACAUAACUCUAGUUUAAAUCAAGGUUGUUUAUCUAUUUAAUUAACAGAAAAAAAAUAGAAGAACUAGAACUAGUUGGUGUGUAUUGUUGGUGAUAUUAGUCGCAUGUUUACAAACAAGAUGUUUUAAGUUUCAUCCAAUGAAAUAUUAAAAUUAAAACUCACCUAUGAUCUAUUCUAUAUUUUAACUAUAUUUAUAAUAUAUAAAAAUUCUCAGGGCAGCUCAAUACUCGGUGACUCAUUUAGGAUGUAGGUUAACUACUAUCACUUCAGAUCAAUUAUAAAUUGUCUCUUCAGUAUUAAAACAUUUUGUUUAUCAAAUCCAUAGAUUUUUUUUUUUAAUUGACAAUUUAGAAUUUUCGUAACAACAACAAAAUGGAUUAGGCACGCUAAUAGAAAUGCUAGUAUGCUAGUUUAAAAAAAGUUAUAUAUAUAUAAAAGUAUACAUUCUUAAAUAUUAAAAUUCUCUAAAAUUCUUAUUUUGUGUGACCAUGCUGAGUUAAUAUAGUUCUAGUUAAUUAUAAUUUUAAUUUAUCCCCUUCCAGUUACUUUCUCAAUAAUAAACUUUACGUUUCCUUCGACACUAUCUAAAUAUAAUAUUUCUCACUCGUUUAGUGAAUUUUUUAAAAGUGAACUAAAAUUACUUUUUGUCUCCCAAAUUUGUUAAAUUGUGCUUCUGCUCAUAUUUAUAUGAAUAAAUUUUGUAUUUACAUCUUUGUGACAACCCCACAAAAUGAUUGAUUUAGUUUUAUGUAUAAGUGAAAUUGGCUGUUGGUUCAAGAGAAUGAAAGUUGAAACUGAUUUAUUUUAGGAGAUAGCGGUUGUCAAGUCUACACAUUCGAGUCAUCGAAAAUUUGACUCUGCUCACAAGUUUUUAAAUAUUCAUAACUUCUUAAAAUGGGAGAUAGAGAAUUAAAAUUGAUGGUUCUGUUCUAAUUAAACUAAGCACUACUUCUCAUUAAGCCAACAACUAUAUAGGGGAAUAGAUGAAUUUUAUUUAAUUUCUAUAUGCAAUUUUCAUUUAGAAUACCUACCUCUUUCUAC